AUGAUUGCAAAAGAAAAUGAAAAUAUAGAAAAUAAAAAUGAAGAAACAAUUGAAGAUGAUUUAAAUAAAAUUGAAGAAGAAAAAGAAGAUUUAGCAUUUAAUAAUUUUACUAAAAUAAUUCAACAAGAAUCAAAACAGAUUUUGCGUUAUCAAAGGGGUGGACAUUUUAUUUUGGCAACAGAUUUUUCUUCUUCUCCAAAUUUAAUACCUAAUUGUGAAUUGUGUGGAGGGCCUAGACAAUUUGAAUUUCAAUUAAUGCCUUAUUUACUUUCUUUAAUUGAUAUUGACUCUGUUGGUGGACAAAGUUUAGAUUGGGCAACUCUUUUAAUAUUUACUUGCAAAAAUAGUUGUCAAAGUAAUGAAUAUGUUAAAGAAUUUAUAUUUAAACAAGAUUUUGUUGUUAAAGGAAGUGAAGAUGAAAAAAAUUAA